UGCCAAAACUAAAUAAAAAAUUGAGUUGAGUUGCAAUGGUCAGCGGUUUGUUUUGUGACUAAAUCAAUAUUUUCUAUGCAAGAAACAUGACUGUGAACAAUACUAUAGCUCAUCAGCGUUUGAUUCUUAGUGGAGAUCGAGAAAGAUUCAAGGAAUUAUUAAGAAAGCGUUUAAUUGAAUGUGGUUGGCGAGACCAAGUAAGGAUGCUGUGUAGAGAUGUAGUAAAAGAACGAGAAAACAGUGAUGUUAGUUUUGACAUGCUAGUAAAUAGAGUUACUCCUAGGGCUAGAGCACUCGUACCAGACACAGUUAAAAAGGAACUUUUGCAAAAAAUUAAGACUCACCUAUUAACCCAGAAAGAUCAAUAAAUUAUGGUAUAACUGAAAUUAAGUAUUAUCAAAAGUUGAAAACAUUAUAAUUUGCUAUGUAAACUAUUCAUAAGUUUUAAAUAAAUGAUACACUC